GUCGUAAUCCCCGUGCACAAACCAGCCUCGGGAAAUAGCCUUCCUCGACCUGUGGCACGGAGGGAGUAACGUGCCGAUUGCAGAACGUACAGCGGAAAUAACAUUUUAAAAACCGCUACAAUAAAAUCUACAAUAAACAUCCAGCAAAAGAUUUCACUAGAACUCAUAAAGGUUCGCAAUCGUUCUGUAUUUUCGUUGACCGUGUUGCUUUAUUUUAAUGGAAACCUCCCCCAGAUUAACGCAGAUGGGCGUCCAUGUGAAAAUACUACUGUUAAGCCUUCUCCAGCCCGAUUGGUGUGAUUGUCAGGGCGGAUCGAAUGAGAUGCAAAUGAGCACGGCGAUCAGUGCCGUGUCGGUUGUUUGCAAAGACUGGUGAAUUUCCACCGAACGUUGUAGCUCAGUUGGAUACAUUUUAGCCUCCGGAUUGUUACAUAGUGUUCGAUUGUGGAAUUCGAUCGCGGAUUGUUUCCAUGUGGCGCUGCAACCCGGUUCUAUGAAAAGAGGCGCCAGCAAUCAGGGAGCUUUUGUGUUGAAUCGGAAUUGUACUGAAACAUCGCCCGCCUGGCAGGAAGAUCUGGGACGUGGUUUGCAUCGGACUGUUAGUGGGCAGUGUUACCGCUUGUUGUGAUUGCUGGAUUUUGGGGCUGUGUACUGCGCCAUCUUGAGACUUUCCCCCCCACCCCCCUCUUUUCCCUCCCUCCCCCCUCCCUCCCUCAUCUGGAAGAUUCCGGGGGCUUAAAGGAUAUUUCGUUGUCCUCUUGAUCUGGUCUAGUGGGCCUGUUUAAGGCAACCAAAUUAAAACUUAACGCAUUUGCCCCCCUGUGCUGGUGUCUCACUGCAAGAGAAGAAAAAUCGCCCAGUGUUUUUUUUUUCAAGUGAUUGAUAGGAUCGAGUAUGAGUAUCGAAACACUGCUGGAAGCUGCGAGGUUUUUGGAAAUGCAGGCGCAACAACAGAAAACACGUGAUGAGCAUGAGAAACGGGACACCCUCCUGUUGGAGAGAGAGCCAGAGCGCAGCAAGGUCAACCACGAGGUCAAGCCCGAGCUGCGAGCUGCCCCCACGCUCCUGGUGCAGAAGCCAUUGCCGCCUCCAGCCUCCGCCGCCACCACCGUCGUCGUGUCGCACGUGGUCAGCCCCUCGCUGGCUCCGUCCCCGCUCCCGCCGCAGGUCGUGCAGCAUCACCAGCCGGCACAGAGCCCCACCAGCAACGCCAGAGAGGUUUCGCCGAGCCCACCUGUGCUUCACCCCUCUCCGAUGCCUGCCUUCCCUGACCUCCACCCCGGUCCAACUGUGGUGAGCAGUACUCCCCAGCAGCUCCCAGGGUCGGUACUGGCAAUCCCACCGCAUCAUCUCAUCCAGCAGUCGCCCCUGCCACAGCAGCCAGGGGGGCUUAAGUCGAGCCCCCUGGACGAUGGAAAGCCUCACGAUCAAAAGCGAAGACCUGGGGGGGCAGGGACGCGGGAAGUGCACAACAAACUGGAGAAGAAUAGGCGCGCUCAUUUAAAAGAAUGUUUCGAAACAUUGAAAAAGAACAUUUCCAAUCUGGAUGAUAAGAAAACAUCAAACCUAAGCGUUUUGCGGAGUGCCUUGCGAUAUAUUCAGACUUUAAAAAGGAAAGAGAAGGAAUAUGAGCACGAGAUGGAGCGCCUUGCAAGAGAGAAGAUUGCCUACCAGCACCAAUUAGCAGAAUUGAAGAAGGAACUAAGCCAACGGAUGGACAUUCUUGAAAUUGAUCGCAUCCUCCGCCAAACUGUGCAACUGGAGGACGACCAGGGUUCUACCUCAACCGCGUCCGAGGGUGAAGAUAACGUCGCUGAUGAUAUCGAAGACACAAGGCCCAUUAACACUCUCACGAGAACAUCACACCAUGAGCUACUCAAGGCCGCCUCUUCUGCUGGCGCCCACCAGCCGUCACUGCUACCCCAGUGCGUGUCUGUCCCUCAUCAGAAGCAACCUCAGGCCCAGGCGCAGCUACAGGUCCAACCACAGGCUUUAAUUCCGCCUCAGACGAUAGUACCAGCACAGACUCACCUCGUGACCGCAUCGGCGCUGCAGCCGACGGUUAUCGCCCACGCCGCGCCGGCCUCCCACGCCUCGGUGAUCCACACAGCUGUCAAUCACGCCAGUCAGGCAAAGCACGUCGCCCACAUCGCGCCGGCCACCAGCAGCUCCGUGCAGCUGACCACCGCUGCUCAGCCCAUCGGGCAUAUCACUGUGCACCCCGCCUCCUUAGGUCACGUGGCACACCUGGGACGGCAGCUGCCCCCCAUGUACCCGCAGCCGAUGACCGUCAACCAGCCGGUCGUGAGCCAUUUGACGCACACCAUCACCCACCAGCAAGUGAACGGCACCGCACCUGUUGGCCAGCAGACCGUUGUGACAAAGCAGUCGGUGGGUCCCCAGGUCGUACACCAGCAGAUAGUCGGCCAGACCGUCCUGAACCCAGUCACCAUGGUAACCAUGCCAUCUUUCCCUGUGAGCACUUUGAAGCUGGCCUGAACCUGGAGGAGGACCAGGCCUCGAAGAAGCAGGAAUUUCAAUCUGAGAGAGAAAAGACAAACACCACACGUUUUCCUUGUUACUGCAGUACAUUCCUGACAGCAUGGGUAUGGGUGGGGGAAAAAAGUCGAUCGGAGAGGGAUGGUGUAGUCAGAGUGUCGAACGUCACCAGACUGGCACAGUACAGGCUGCUGAUCAGAGGACUCUGAUUAACAGCUGUCCUUAGCAACCUUCCUGUAUGUACGUGUGUGUGUGUGUGUGUGUAUGCGUGUGUGUGUGUGUGUGUGUGUGUGUGUGUGCGCGUGCGCGCACAUAUAUGUGGGUGUGUGAUUUGUUGGUGAAUUUACAGAAAGACAUUAGUAAGACUUCUGUGUUCUUUUUCCUCCCUUCCCUGCAACUCAACUCCCUUCUCUCCAGAGAUAAAAUCUGGGUGGAUGUCACCGUGUUUGGACGAGGCAUUGAAAUGGAGAAAGGGGAGG